CCGUGCGCGCGUUUGGAGAGGCGCGCUCGCGACUCAGCGGAUCCUCAACGCAUUUCUUCAACUCAUUUUUGGGGGAUCUAUAAUUCACAAACCAAACAUCAACACUACAAAAACGCCAACUUUCCCUUGUUAAAAUGCCUGUUCUCUGAUAUAUUAGUCCACCAUGGAUCCUCUGUACAUCACUUCGCCGAACUCGAGCGCCGGUAACGGGAGCGCCAGUUCUCCGGUAAACGACACGGAUGUGUUCGGUAACCAGUUCGUGCAGCCGGUCUGGCAGAUCGUACUAUGGGCUAUCGCGUACUGCAGUAUAGUUCUGGUGUCGGUAGUGGGAAAUAUCACGGUGAUCUGGAUCAUUCUAGCCCAUAAGCGCAUGAGGACGGUCACCAACUACUUUCUGGUGAAUCUGGCGUUCGCGGAGGCGUCCAUGUCCGCCUUUAACACCGUUAUUAACUUUAUUUACGCCGUGCAUAAUGAGUGGUACUUCGGGCUGGUUUACUGCAGAUUUCAUAACUUCUUCCCAAUUGCAGCUGUCUUCGCCAGUAUUUACUCUAUGACCGCUAUAGCUCUGGACAGGUAUAUGGCGAUCAUCCACCCGCUCCAGCAGCGUCUGUCGUCCGCAGAGACUAAACUGGUGGUGUGUGUGAUCUGGGCGCUGGCGUUAAUGCUGGCGUUCCCUCAGUAUUAUUUCUCCAGCACGGCUCAGCUGCCGGGACGCGUCGUGUGCUACAUUAACUGGCCAGAAUACAGCACGUGGGACUUUCAAAAGACGUAUUACGUCUGUGUGGUUGUGCUCAUCUAUUUUCUGCCUUUGCUGGUCAUGGGUUGUGCUUACCUGGUGGUGGGAUGUUUUCUGUGGGCGAGCGAGAUUCCCGGAGACUCUUCAGACCGAUAUCGAGAGCAGCUGAUCGCCAAACGCAAGGUGGUGAAGAUGAUGAUUGUCGUAGUGUGCACCUUCGCCGUCUGCUGGCUCCCUUAUCAUGUCUACUUCCUAGUGCACCAGUUUCUUCCACACUUGUUUGAGGAACGCUACAUCCAGCAGGUCUACUUAGGGAUAAUGUGGCUAGCUAUGAGCUCCACGAUGUACAAUCCCAUCAUCUACUGUCUUCUCAAUGACAGGUUUCGAGCUGGAUUCCAGCAGGCAUUUUCCUGGUGUCUGUGCGUCCCUCAAGGCACAUAUGAGGGUCUGGAGCUCAAGUCUACUCGCUAUCUUCAGACGCAAGCCAGCAUCUUCAGGGCCAGCCGAAUGGAGACCACAGUAUCCACAGUGAUGCCGACUGGAGAUGGGGAACUUCCGGAGAAUCCAAACCGAAGCUCCAUAGAUCUCACAUCCAAUGGUUCUUCUCGAAGCGCCUCAAAAACCGUAUCCGAGUCCUCCUUCUAUUCCAGUAACAAUGUAGCUUAGAAAGAAAUGUAGGAAAUAGUUUUACUAAUAAUUAAAAUAAAGUUUUUUAGAUGUUAGUUUCAGUCUGAAGAAUAUCGACUAGCUAGUGUGCUCCAAAACAGUGACAAAAUUAACGUUUAGAAAAUAUAAACAUGUAAAGUUUGCCUCCUCCGCAUAAAUGGAUCACUGAUUUUUUUGCCAUCACCAAAUACUUCAGUUUCUCAUCAAAUCUUUCAACCAAUCAUGCUCUUUUGUAUCUGACAUGCCCCGCCCCCAUCUUCUCAUUGGCUGUUCAUUUGAUGCGCUUGAGCUCAACUACUCUCACUGGCAGAGCUGCGAGAAAAGCAAACGCUAUUGGCUGUUUUUUAAAAAGGGGAGGAGCUACUCAAUGUCCCAUCCCAUUUUUAUUUUCAAGUUUACGUAAGUGACAUUACGUCAAACAUUGAAUAAAAAAAGCACAUUUAAAAACACUUCAAGGGAUCUUUUAGGCCUGUUGACAGCAAACACGAUAACUAUAAAGAGGACAAUAAAGAUAUGAUUGUAAAAAUGUUUGACAAUGUUAAAAGAAUAGCAUCAACUACAGUGAAAGAUACAGAGGAAUGAUAUAGUCACUUUCAGAAGGUCUUUUCUCAGCUGAUGAAUGAUAAAACACUGACAGAAAAUCAGAAACUAAAAUUAAAGCGUAAUUUAAAGAUACAGACGACACCGUGGAGAUUGUGAAAGAUUAGUCACAGGCCUUUAAUUAGCAUUAAAAUUGUUCACACUAUUAGAACCUAUUAGAUUAGGUCUGGUUAUAUCAGUCCCAACAUGACGUUGCAGAUCCUGCGAUGUGUCUAUUGCAGAUUUGCACAUGUGCAUACACUACUUGACAUAAGUAUUGUCGUCGAUCCCAGUUGUAAGAGCAGCAGAUAAUCACUUGACCUCCAGUUGGUCAUUUGAAAAGUGACAGAAGGUGGAUUUUUCUGCUGAAUCAUCUGUUGAUCUGCAUCCCAAUCAUCACUAAUACUGCAGAAGACCUACUGGAACCAGCAUGGACCAAGAUUCUCACAGAAAUCAGUCAAGUUUGGUGAAGGAAACAUCAUGGUUUGGGGUUCCAUCAUUCAGUAUGGGGGCAUGCGAGAGAUCUGCAGAGUGGAUAAUCAACAUCAACA